AUGGCGGCGGCUAGAGGCAGCGGCCCGGAUGUCAACCUCCUGGGCUUGGAGGGCGAGGCGGGGCUAGACUCAGAGCCUGACUCGGAGGUGUUUUCGUGCGUGGCCCAUUGCUCCGACCUCGCCUGCCGCCAGAACGAACAACGGCGGUUAGGCCUCUUCUGUGACGUCACCCAUGCUCUCAAGGGUGAGAAUGUUCAGUUGGGUACACUCCAACAAGUUACCUCCCCCAUCUCGUCUCUGCCUCGCUUCGGCCAAAACAUGGAUGUUAUCAUGGUCAUUGGUGGUGUGUCUGAGGGUGGUGAUUACUUGAGUGAGUGUGUGGGGUACUUUAUUGAUGAAGAUAGAUGGGUGAAUUUACCGCACACUCACAAUCACCUUGAUGGACAUGCUGUGGUAGUAACCGAAUCCUAUCUUUAUGUGGCAGGUUCCAUGGAGCCUGGCUUUGCCAAGACCAUGGAAAGGUAUAACCCAGGUAGAAAUGUUUGGGAGCAGGUUUCUAAUCUGAUAACCAGAAAGCAUUAUUUUGGAUUUACUGAGGUAAAGGGAAACCUGUAUAGCAUUGGGGGGCGUGGAUAUUUCAUCCCUGGUUUUAAAGAGGUGGCUGUCUACAGUCCAGAUCUAGAUAAGUGGCACAAUUUGGAGUCUGCACCAAAGAUACUCCGGGAUGUUAAAGUGAUUACAAUAGAUAACAGAUUUGUUUAUAUGGCAGCUCGCACACCAGAUGAUGGAGAUAAUGAAGAUGGCUUGAGGUCUGUCAUUAUUAGCUAUGAUGCAGACACACGACAGUGGCGAGAUUGUGAGUCUCUGCCACUCCUUGACAACUAUUGCUGCUUCCAAAUGGUGGUGGGCAACACCAAUUUUUACCACACCGCUUCAUGUUGUCCCAGAAGCUAUCCUCUAGACCAUGAAGAGGCCGUGAGAAAAAUUUCUAACCAGGUAUCUGAUGACAUUCUGGAAAGCUUGCCACCAGAGGUUCUUAGCAUUGAAGGGGCGGCUAUCUGCUAUUACAAAGAUGAUAUCUUCAUCAUAGGUGGGUGGAAGAACAGUGAUGAUACUGAUAAACAGUACAGAAAAGAGGCCUACCGCUAUUGUGCUGAGAAGAAGCGUUGGUUGUUACUCCCUCCUAUGCCUCAGGCUCGCUGCCGUGCUACAGCCUGUCACGUGAGAAUCCCCUUUCGGUCCUUACAUGGUACCCAGAAAUAUCCAAUACCACAAAACCUAAUGUGGCAGAAGGACCGGAUCCGGCAGAUGCAAGAGAUAAACCAACAUUCCUUAAGUUUACGUAGGAUGCCUCGGUCUCAGAUAGAAUGCUAGCUUGAAUAAAUACAUCAGAAAUACUCGUCUGUAAUUGUCAUGCCUGACAUGGACUAAUGGUCACCAAAACUGCUGAAGCGUUGGAGACAAGGCUUCUUAGUGUUAAGUAUUUGAUUGGAUUAUAAGCACUACAUGGAAAUUUGGUGUAUACGAGCCAUAAAUAUGAAGGUAAGCAGACAUAGAAAACCCUUAGAAUCUGUUUUUUUUCUCCAGAUAAAGAAUCCCAACAAAAGAAUUUUUCUUGCAUUUUGUGAAUGUGUUCAGAUUGUAUAAAAUUAUAUAAAAAUUCAAAAUACCCUUUCUUUUUCCUUACAUUUUUUGUAUUGGACUUGCUUUUUGGGUAUUGGGUCAUCUCAUCCCAUUUUAAAUGUUAUACAGAUCAUGUGAAGUAUUUCAGUUUGUUUUAAAAUACUGAUGUAUAUGUAAAGGGCCAUUUCAAGGUUUUCUUAAGACAUUUUUAUCUGCUUUUGCAGAGAUAUUUCUCUUUUUAAUCUGUCAAAUGUAAAGAUGUGCAAUACUUAAAAACAAACAGAGUAAAGCACAAUCUUUCUAAGAAUUUCAUAAUGUUCCAUGAUUGUAAUAUUUUAUACUUUUAUUUAUCUAAUAAGCACUUGAGGUUGCUAAAAGCGUAUUGAUAAAAAA